AUGACUCUGGCUCCAAAGGAACUGUCCAACCUGCUGAGCAUAAUCUCGGAUGAGGCCUGCAACAACAGCUUCGAGACCCUCUCCACUCAUUUCCAUCAUUACUUUGGGAAGGCGGACCACUUCAAGGUGGGUUCGGUUCUGGUCAUGCUGCUGCAGCAGCCGGACCUGCUGCCCAGCUCUCCGCAGCGGCUCACAGCCCUCUAUCUGCUCUGGGAGAUGUACCGAACCGAGCCGUUGGCCGCGAACCCGUUCGCCGCCGUGUUCGCGCACCUGCUAAACCCAGCACCUUCCGGGGAUGAGCAGGAGAAAGCCCUGUCCGGCUUCCUUCCUCCCAUCACGCAGCCGGAGAAGUUCUUCCUGUCCCAGCUGAUGCUGGCUCCGCCCAGAGACCUCUUCAAAAAGACCCCCAGACAGGUGUCCUGCAUGGACGUGAGCAACAUGCCCCCAUCUAUAGACAUCAGCGGGCUGCAGCUUCCUUUAGCAGAGCGCCAGUCAGAGCUGCCCACCCAGAGCAAAGCCAGCUUCCCCAGCAUCCUCAACGACCCCGAUCCAGACUCCUCCAACUCAGGCUUCGACAGCUCUGUGGCCAAUCAGAUCAUUGAGUCUCUGGUCACAGGGCUGCGUCCUCCUCUGGAGAGUCAUUUUCGACCCGAGUUCAUCCGGCCGACGCCUCCGCUCCACACAUGCGAAGAUGAGCUGGCGUGGCUGAACCCCACCGAGCCGGACCACUGCAUCCAGUGGGAUCGGUCAAUGUGUGUGAAGAACAGCACCGGCGUGGAGAUCAAACGCAUCAUGGCCAAGGCCUUCAAGAGUCCGCUGUCGGCUCAGCAGCAGUCCCAGCUGCUGGCUGAGUUGGAGAAAGACCCAAAGCUGGUGUAUCACAUCGGCCUGACGCCUGUGAAGCUGCCUGAGCUGGUGGAGAACAACCCACUGGUGGCCAUCGAGAUGCUGCUAAAACUGAUGCAGAGCAGCCAGAUCACAGAGUAUUUCUCAGUGCUCGUCAACAUGGACAUGUCGCUGCACUCCAUGGAGGUGGUAAACAGGUUAACCACAGCUGUGGAUCUGCCUCCAGAAUUCAUCCACCUCUACAUCUCCAACUGCAUCUCCACGUGUGAGCAGAUCAAAGACAAAUACAUGCAGAACCGCCUGGUCCGGCUGGUGUGCGUCUUCCUGCAGUCGCUGAUCCGAAACAAGAUCAUCAACGUCCAGGACCUGUUCAUCGAGGUGCAGGCCUUCUGCAUAGAGUUCAGCCGCAUCCGUGAAGCGGCCGGCCUCUUCCGCCUUCUGAAGACCCUGGACACUGGGGAGAACCCGGCCGAGGCCAAGCCCAUCAAAUGAGCAGGAGUCCUGACAUCAGAGGGAGCAGGGAGCCGUACAGCUCAGUCAUGAGAGGACGUGCUGUAAAUAUGCAGCUCUGCGGAGGAUCUUUGUCACUGACUCAUCAAUUUUUUCUUUAUUAAACCCUCGAGUUUGUAUUAUUUUCGAUGUCAUUUCCUGAGUGAUCAAAUGUUGCAUUAAGUCAAAGCUGCAGAAAUUCCAUAAGCUGCUAUCACUUCGGCAGAUUUACUGGAGCUCAGUGAAACAUUUGAACUCAAAAGUGUUUUACUCCUUAUUUUGUCUCCAUAAAAUUGUUGAGUGUUUGGUU